ACUCUGGAUGUGAGGCUGUGCAGACACUGAAUUCAAACAGCAUGGAGCCCUUGAUCUCAUGAACACACUAGUAACAACCGUUCGACGUGAUAAAACUGCAGACCUGACAGCAGCAUGCCAGAAGACAAACCUCAGAUUUUCCCAGUUUCACCUUCACUCUGAGUUUCAGCGGCUCAGGCUCACUCGGGCCCCAUAUUGACGGUCCCAGCUGGAGUUGGCCUCCUGGCGUGGGGGAGGUGUAGCGGCGGGAGUGGAUCAAUGCUCACAUCCUGUGAACCCUGCAUGUAACAUAGGGGAAUGUUCCCAUCACGGACACACGCAGCAGAAGGGAUGGGAAUCGGCACACAACACGGGAACAUUCAAACCCCUUGAUGGGGUCAAACCAUCCGCAUGCAGACAGGAAUCUUCAACAGGAUGGCGUGCAGCGCUGGGCCUGGAGGGAAAAUGCAGCUGUGACAGUUUUAGCAUGCGGCACUGAAAUGGUAGGAAGUUGACCAUGGGGGACUGGAACCUGCUGGGAAGCAUCCUAGAAGAGGUCCACAUUCAUUCCACCAUUGUGGGAAAGAUCUGGCUCACCAUCCUCUUCAUUUUCCGCAUGCUGAUCCUGGGAGCAGCCGCCGAGGAUGUGUGGGAUGAUGAGCAGUCCGAGUUUGUUUGCAACACGGACCAGCCUGGCUGCAAGACAGUCUGUUACGACAGAGCCUUCCCCAUCUCCCUCAUUCGAUACUGGGUUCUGCAGGUCAUCUUUGUGUCCGCACCUUCCCUGCUGUACAUGGGCCACGCUCUGUACUGCAUUCGAAUGCUGGAGAAGGAGCGCAUCAGGCGUCGCAUACACCUGAAAGAGGAGCUGGACGAUACAGAUCUGGAUAUUAGCGAGCACAAACGCGUGGAAAGGGAGCUGAGAAGGCUGGAAGAGCACAAGAAGGUGAAGAGGGCUCCUCUUAGAGGCUCUCUUUUGAGAACAUACAUCAUUCAUAUCCUUGCUCGCUCCGUGGUGGAGGUCUGCUUUAUUCUUGGCCAAUACAUUCUUUAUGGGAUUCAUCUGGAGCCUCUAUAUAAAUGUGAGAGGUUGCCUUGCCCCAACAGCGUGGACUGUUACAUCUCCAGGCCCACAGAGAAGACAAUCUUCAUGGUCUUCAUGAUUGCGAUUGCUGGAGUGUCACUUUUCUUGAACAUUCUGGAAAUAUCCCACCUGGGUGUUCGUAAAAUAAAACAGACUCUGUACGGAGAGCGAUACACGGAGGACGACAGUUUGAUUUACAGGUCUAAGAAAAAGGCGUCCUUACCACAGCUGUGUGUUAUGAGCAGCAUGUCGCCUCAUAAUGGGCCUUUGACCCAGACCUUUAAAGUGAUACCAGAGGAAGAGAUGAAAUCUGUUCAUUACAGCAGUGGACUCAAAGUCAACCAGGAAGUGCCAAGACACAACAGUUUGGUUCAUUUUGGUCCAACUGGCUACACUUGCCCCCAAACAAGGAUGUUACCCCGGUCUGGACAUACAUGUCCAACUCACGAAGGUCAAGAAGUACACACAGUAUUUAUGGAACAUCAUCCAGCCUGGGGCUCCGUCAUGUCCCCAGUGGAAAUGAAUGCAACAAAACUUGUUGACAUCCACGAGGAAGAGCGUCCUCCCAGCCAUCAGGAACAUUUGCAGUCUGGAAGCACUUUAAGGUCUGGAAUAAUCCGUGAUCACACUGAAGACAAGAGGCGGGAGUCCUCAGUCAGUGAGCUCCUGUUCACCAACCCCAGGAAGACCAGUGUCAUGAUGAGACCUGCAUCUGAGAGCUUAUCCUCCAUCAGCAACUCCACUGCUCCUUCAACACACAGCUCAGAGGAGUCAGACGAACUGGGCUCUCUGCAGGGAGACAUGCCCAUGAUGCCACCUGCAGGCGGUCGAAGAAUGUCCAUGAGCAUGUUUCUGGACAUCUCGUCCAUCAUGAAGAAGUAAGCAGGCAAGGCAAACAUGGUAGGAGUUGAAAUCCACAGAAAAGACAGAAACGGAUGUGUCCAUUGUCAACGCCAAUCAAACUGGGCCCAAACGAGUCUGCAAGGCAUCAAACUUCCCCAGGAACCUUCUAGAAUCUGCAAAAGGUCAUCAAGCGAAGGCGUCCUCACCCUUCUGGAAUUGUGAUAAGACAUGGAGACUCAACUCAGAGGAACUGUUAGCCUCUGAAACGUACAAUUUUUUCUUCAACAGAUUCAUGUCUGUGUAGAGUCAAUUCUAUGGCAUCACUUCAAGAUCCUUUCCGUUAUAGUCACAUGAAAUACAGUAAACAUUCUGAAGCAAGUGAUUGGAACCAUAACAGCAACUUCCUGUGGAGUCUUCAUGCUUUUAUUUCUCUACCAAAACUGAGUGUUCAACCCUUUUUCUUAUCAAAUAAAUAAGAUGUGACGCAUUGCACGAUAUUUACAAAAUCCAAACAGCUUGUUUCAAAGUACAGAGAUAACAAAAUUACAAAUGUUGAUUUCUGUGUAAAACAAUAACUCUGCAAAUACACAUAAAACCUAAAAAAAAAAA